AUGUCUCAAUCUAACCUCGACUGCGGUCUCGCAGUUGCCGCCUUCAUGGGAGUAACAUAUGAUUGGGCACUUACAUUUGGACAAGAGGUGGAACUGAUCUGGAGGCAACGCUGGUUUCUAAUGACAGUCAUGUAUCUCAGCGUGCGCUACCUUGGAAUUUUAUCUGCUGUCAUGUACAUGUUGGGGAGUGUUCCGACCAUCUUGCUGUCAGAUAAAGAGUGGGUGUGGUCACAAGUCCCUGUAAGGCUGAUGCAUCAAGUCUGCUAG